UGGUGGUCGAGCACGAUUCUUCAAUGGACAGUGGGCUAAAGUACCAAAUAUGGGAGCUGGAGUGCCCAAUGGCCAUGCAGCAAAAGCAGCUAAGUCAGGAAACGGUGCUGCAGCUGGAAAUGGAUAUCGCAAUGGAGGAGGGGCCAAAACAGCUAAACCAGGUCUUAGCCCUGCUGGUUACCCUCAAACUGGGAAAGUCAAGCAACCAGGCUAUGGAACCAGUAAUGGUGCAGGUGUGCAGCCUGGGGGUGCUACUGCUGAUUCUGAACUUGCUCCUGGUACAGCUAAGCUGCCCUAUGGGGGCCAGCCAGUGGUUGCUGCUGGGUUGGGAGUCAAUGGCAAUGGUGAUUACAGCAUGGGAAAGCUACCAUAUGGACUAAAGCCCAGUCAGCCAGCAGACCUGGGGGCUGACACAGGCCUGGGUGAAUAUGGUGGUGCUGGCCACCCUGCUUUCAAUGGUGCCCCAAUAAUGCCUGCCUCACUGGAUGGAACUAGUCAGUUACCAGUUGACACCCCAGCUGGACUGUAUGGAGGUGGGGGUUUGCCAUAUGGUGCCCAGCCCCUUGGAGGUGAGGGGAAAUCUACUGGAAAAUAUGGCGGGCUGCCAUAUGGUGCUCAGCCCCUUGGAAUGGGGAGUCAUGGGAAAUCUUCUGGCAAAUAUGGAAUUGGUGGGUUACUCUUCGGUUCCCAUUCCCUUGGAUUGGGCUCUAAUGGGAAAUCUGCUGGCAAAUAUGGAUUUGGAAGAAUACCAUAUGGUGCUCAGCCCCUUGGAUUAGGGACUGAUGGGAAAUCUGCUGGAAAAUAUGGGAGUUAUGGGAAACCUGCUGGCAAAUAUGGAAAUUUAGGGUUGCCGUAUGGUGCACAGCCAAUUGGUCUUGGGACUGGUGGAAAAUCUGCUGGAAAUGGAGGGUUACCAGCUCAGCCUGUUGUACUUGGUGGCAAUGGGAAAACUUCUGGAAAAUAUGGAAAUGGAGGGAAGCUGAAUGGCGAAGUUCAGCCAGAAGGUAAAACAGUUGUUUUACAGUCCCUUACUCCCUCAUUUCCUCCAUCCCCUGAACUUCCAGUUUCUCCUUCAGGCACCCCUGCUCCAGCCUUGACUUCGCUGCCCCCAGUCCCUGUGGUCUCCACAAUCCCCCCUAGUAUUCCUUCUUCCCCACCUGUCCCUGUAGUCCCCGAGGUGCCCGUAGUCCCUGAAAUCCCUGAAGUCCCAGAAGUUCCUGAAAUCCCAUUAGACUUUGGACUGCCUGAGAUCCCCUUAGUCUCUGUAGUUCCCUUAGUCUCCUCAGUUCCUUCAGUCCCCUCUAUAGCAGAUUCCAUGGUCCCGCCUGCUCCAGUGCUGCUCCUUGCCACAGCCAACCCUUCCAGCCUACUGCCAGACAGCCAGACGGCAGCUCCACUGCCUGCACAGACCGAUCCGUUCGAGCACCAGCUCCCACCACUGAUCCUUCAGCCCCACCCCCAGAUACACAUCAAGCAGCAUCUGAAGCUGCAGUUUCACCCACAGGGUAAAACAUGGAGAGGAGGGCCAGACACCAAAUUUGGAUUAAAUGGAUUCUUUGGCAAUGGAUACCAAGGCUGAACAUGGCCCCUGUCUUUUGUGUCACUGCUCUCAUCAGUAUCUCCCCAUUCAACCCCUCCAACUUUCCUCUUUUUUAGGUUUUGCCCUCAUGUUUGUACGAUAAUCACUAAAGCUCAGAAAGCAUCUAUUAAAAAGUGUCAUGAUAUUUCUUUAUUUAUUGAAUGAUAUUUUGAACUUAUUUACACACUUUUUUCUGAAUUAUUCAUAUUUAUUUCAUUGUUCAGAUACUUUCUUCCUUCCAUCCUUCCAUCUGUAUCAGACUGACUCUCACUGAUACAAUAUAUUACCUAGGAUGUAUUCAUGGUCACAGAUAUUGGGGGGCAACUGGGACACUCUGUCCCAGGUCCAGGCCAAGGGGGGCCCAGGAUAUGAGGUGUAACUAUUUUUACUUUGUUACAAAAUAUAUUGAGGGCGCCCUCCAAAUAUAUUAUGUUCUGGGCCUGAGAAUUCAUAGCUGCAGCUGUGGGUGUAUUACCAUAGAGAUUACACUGCAGUAAUAGAUCUAACCAAUCACAUCAGCCUCAUCAAGGCAGAGUGAGCCAGCACUCUGUGGAGAAGUGCACUGGAUAAUAUGACCAUGAGGAAAGUAAACUAUGGAGCGUUUCUGUUCAGCAGUUGUUUCCCUCAAUGUGGAAAGAUGUUCAUUAAGGUGUGAAAGGGAAGUCCACAGAAAGGUCAUAAAUUGAUGCUACUCCUUUAAAGUAUCCCAUAUCACAGUUGCUAAAUUAUUGGUGCCUGAACUGGUGCCAGAACUGGUGCCUGUCACUCUGAAUUGUUGGGAUGAUGGAAUGUUGACUUAAAUUUUAAUUGCAGUAAGUUACAUGUUUUAAAAUACUAUCUACCUUUAUGCUUUGUCAAGGUAUCUAAACAUUUGUUGUGAUCACAGACAAAAAUCAGAUGAAGGCUCUGCACAGGAAAUUUUCUGUUGCUAACAUCAGUUUAAAAGAGCAGAGCUCUUUCUACGUUCAAUGUAGCCAAGUCGCUAUUUGUCUAAAUUUCUGCCUCAUACAUAAUCUGUCAAAAUAACACAACGCUGCACUGGUUCAUGAAUGAAUGUUAAAGCUUGUGGCUUAAAUGCUUGAAGCUAGAGCCUUUUUAUAGAUUUAUACUUUUUUGGAGGUGUCGACUAUUGCCUUAACUCCACAAUUAAGGUAUAGGUGUACUUAACCAUUGGUACUGUAUCCCUAGUAGCCCAGUAGUAUUUAGAAAACAUAAAUAAAAUAAAUAAAAAUAUAUUUUGCUAUCCAGAGUAACAUAAAAUGUGGUCAGAUAUUAUUUGCAAUAUUAUUUGUUUGAGGUUGUGGUGCUAAGGAAAUUGUAUGGAGUUCAAUAUAUAAAUUGUAUAAAUAUGCAUUUGUAAUGGUUUACAAUUUUUUUAU